AUGAACAGGACCUCAACGCAUGUUGUACAAUGGCAACACCAGAUCAUCAUAUUCGUCAACACAUAUGUGCUGUUUUUCCAAAUACUACUAGGCUGUUCUGGAAAUGUUUUGAACCUUAUUGUGUUGAUCUCAAGAAAGAUGCGCUCCAGGACCAAUUUGGUGAGUCUAUAUUUAGCUGAAGAGUUUAAUAAAGAGUAG